UUCUUUCCACUGGCAGGCACGCCACACUGCACCACCGAAUCGUGCAUGUUUCGAGACGCCUUGAUGGCCACGCCAGUCUUUCAUCAGACCAGAGCCAUCGUCAUUGGCAUCUCGCAAGACCCGCCUGCAAGAUCUUCGCGCUUUGUGCAGGAGCACAAGCUCACGUACCGCGUGCUGUACGAUGAGGGCAGACGCGUGAUGAACAGGUGGGGAGUCAGCAAGGCCAUGCUGGGUCUGGCGGAUAGCAGGUGCACCUUUGUGGUCGACCCGUCCGGCGUCGUCAGGGGCAUGGCCGAGGGAGUGUUCGACUCUGCUGGACACAUCAAGUACGCUGAACGCUGGUUGACCAGGAUCGAGCACGAG